UAGGCAAUGAAUGUGGGCUGGUCCCUCUGCGCUCAACACUCAACACCCGGAUGUGUGCGGCACUUUGACUGCAUAGUAGAAUCGCUGGAUCCAGAUAAUCGACUAUUUGAUGGGAAUCAGAUCGCGGAUUACGACAAAAAAAUGAAAUCAACCGAAUCAGUGCCGUUUUGGAAUCACUGACAGAAUGGAGGACGAUCUGGUUUCAGAGGAUGAUAUCUUGCUCCGGUCGGAGAAGGAGUUCCACGAUGCAGCAAAGAGGAACGACACGGACAAAAUGCGGGAGCUGAUGAAGAAAGGAGUGGACAUCAAGGCCAAAAACAAAAAAGGCCGUACAGCGCUGCACUGGGCGGCAGGGGCUGGGAACGAGCAGGCUCUACGUCUGUUACUAGACCAUAAUAAUGAGGUGGAUGUGGAGGACAGUUUUGGUAUGAAUCCUCUGCUGCUGGCAGCCUGGUUCGGUCACCUCAAGAUCCUACAGAUCCUCGUGGCCUCUGGCGCAAAGCUCAACUGUGAAAACAAAAAUGGGCUGGGCCUGCUGCACUGUGCCGCCCAGCGGGGUCAUAGCAGAGUGCUGGAGUUCAUCAUGGAGGACCUAGUAGAGGAUGUACUGCUGGACAGGGUGGACAAUUCUGGGAAGACAGCGUUUCACCUGGCUGCAGAACAUGGACAACUAGAGGUGGUUGAGUUCCUCAUCGGUAUGGGCUGCACUCACGGCCUCAAGGAUAAGGAUGAAAACAUGGCCAUCCAUCUAGCAGCCAAGCAUGGACAUAACGAGGUCCUGCAGAAGUUAGUUGAGACAGGAGUGGACAUUGACGAGAGAAACAUAGACGGACUGACACCUCUGCACCUGUCCUCUGAUGGAGGUCACUAUGAAUGUGUCAAACUACUGCUGGAGGCCUGCUGUAAUGUCAACGCGCUGACAAACAAGAAUAUGAAUGCCCUCCACUACGUGGCCCAGCACGGCUUCGAGAGGGAGACCAGUCUGCUGCUGGAGGCGGGCGUCAACACAGACACGGUGGAUGGUCAACACACAUCCCCUCUUCACACCGCCGUGCUCCACAAUCACACCGAGGUGGUACGGCUGCUAAUAGACGCUGAAUGUGAUCUGGACAUAUCUGACAAUAGGCUCCAGACAGCCCUGCACAUCGCAGCAGAGCAUGGAAGACAGGACAUCGCUGAGAUGAUCCUCAUAGCUGGGGUUAACCUCAAACUACUGGAUAAGCAGGGGAAGACUUCUCUGGAGGUGGCAGCCAGAGGAAACCAUGUCAUCUUAGUGGACAUGAUCAUCAAAGCAGACCGGUUUUACAAGUGGGAAAAAGACAACGUGAUCAGCGAUGAUGAUUCGUGGCUGGGGAAGCAGCUGAGCUUUAAGCAGGACCACCAGGUGGAGACCCAGCACCUGCGCUCUGUCACGUGGAGGCUGGCCACCAAAGACCUGUCCCGCGGGGAGUGGAAGAGUCUCGCACAACACUGGGGCUUCACGGAUGCCCACAUACGCUCCAUAGAGCAGCAGUGGACAGGUACAAAGAGCUUCAAGGAGCAUGGGCACCGUAUGUUGCUGAUCUGGCUGCAUGGAGUAGUCAUCGCAGGGGAGAACCCAAUCAAAGGCUUGUAUGAGGGACUGACGGGGAUCUCCAGGACCGACCUAGCUGAAAGCAUCAGACAGAAGGCAAAUGCAGACACAAGCUCUCCCAAGAAAUGCACCGCCAUGUGAACAAGUCCAUCCUGAAACACACUGAUAUACUGCAGGAAUAAAUGCCCAUUCCAGGGUUCAAAACUAAAAAUAGUGUCUGAAUAAAGUUAACACACUGAACAAAAUAUAAAUGCAACAUGUAAAGUGUUGGUCCCAUGUUUAAUGACCUGAAAUAAAUGAUCUCAGAAAUGGUGCAUUUGCACAAAAA